GCGGCAGUGUUUGAAUAUAAAUAUGAGUAUGGCUGGGCCGGGCGCGCGGCCCGCGCUGCUGUGCGCUGCGGCUUUAAUGAACUUUAUAUUGGUGUUCGGUACCGGAGCGGACCUCGUUAGAUUCCUCUCUUUCCGCGCCGUUUAUCACAAUAUCACGGGCGGAGCGCCGCUGUGCGGAGAUGGCGUGUCCUGGUCUGUAGCUCUGAGGGACAGUUCAGUAUUGAGGGCUCUGGGUUUGGAUCUGGUUCUGUUAGUCCUGUUCAGUCUUCAGCACAGUCUGCUGGCCUGGGAUCCCGUAAAGAGAGCCUGCCAGUCUGCGCUGGGGGUCCUGAACCGAGCCAUGUACUGCACUACUACAGCCCUCGCACUACAGGUGUUGAUGCGUUACUGGCAGCCCGUGACCAGCGCCCCCUGCUUGUGGUCGGUGCGCAGUGCACCUUGGGAUAUCUGGUUCCCUCUGAUCUGCUUCACAGUGCACUUCCUGUGCUGGGCCGUCAUCUGCAGCAUCCUGCUGAUAUUCGAUUAUCCAGAGCUUCUAGGAGUCAAACAGGUGUAUUAUGAAUGUUUAGGGCUGGGUGAUCCGCUGGCCCUGAAGUCGGCCCGUGCCCAGCGUCUUUACGCCCACCUGCGUCACCCGGUGUGCGUGGAGCUGCUGCUGGUGCUCUGGCUGCUGCCCACGCUGACGCUGGACAGGUGCGUCCUGGCUCUAUACCUGUCCCUCUACCUGGCUCUCGCUCACUCGCUGGACGCCAAGGACUGCGCCUACCUGAGCUCCCAGCUCCACAGCAAGCUGCAGCUCUUCUCCGCACCACAGGGGGGCAGCCCUGAGAUUAACAGCAACAGCGCUGAACCCAAGCGCGACUGAACCAAUCAGAUCACGGCUUAAUCCGGGGGAGGGGGUGUUUCAGAAACUGGGAUUAUUUUAGUUAGUCAGAUCAAUUAAGACCAAAGGAGCGUCCAAUCAGAAUGUCCCUCAGCCCUUUUACUGUUCAGAAUAAUAAUAAUAAUAAUAAUAAUAAUACUUUUUUUUAAUUCUCAAAGACCCUUUACAUACAAAGAUAAGGCACAGUAAAAGGUAAAGUUAUAAAAACAACAAUAAUAAGGGAUACAGUUAUUAAACUUAACAUAAAAAAAAUAUAUAGGCAGUUUUACCAAUGACAAUUUGUUUAAAAAAACAAAACAAAACCCAAAAGUAUAGUUUCUGUAAGUUUUCUACAUUAAAUUUACAUUAUAGGUUAAAAGCAGAUCCGAGGAGUUUUGAAAAGUUACUUAAAUAUAGACAAAUCAGAACAGUCUUGAAUGGGUUUGGGUUUCUUUUACUGUUGGAUAAUUCCCUUAUUUUUGAGUUAAUUAAUUAAGUUUUUAGUAGAUGUUUUUUUUAUCUUCAAGAAAAGAAAUACAGAAGUCCUUUAAUGCCAAUUCAGGAGAUAUUUCUAUCUAGUAGGGCUGCAACUAAUGAUUAUUUUGAUUUUUUCCGAUUAGUCAACGAUUAUUUCUGCCUCUAUCUCUAAAAACGAUAGAAACAGCAGAACAUGAGGUUUAAAUGGCGUUUAAAGAUCUGAACUUUGUUUAAACAUGGAAAUGACUGAUAUUUAGUGAUUUAAUAUGUAAUCUUAUGUGUUUUAGAGACACAAAAUAAGUCUCCCAUUGCGCUUAUUUUGUCCCCAGCACUUUGUGUAAUGUGGUACUGUUACAAAUUAACAUUUACUCGACAAUGAAAUUUGUAGUCGACAAAUUUAAAUACAUCAAAAUACAUCAAAAAACAUGUAAUUGACAUUGACGAUUAUAUCGACUAAUCGUUGCAGCCCUACUAUCUAGCUUUCUGAAUAUAUACUGAAUAAUGUGAACCAUGGCCCUUAUCAUCGGCCACUUUAAUCAAAGCGUUGGAAAUCUAAGAUCAAAGCAAAUAAACAGAAGGGCUUUACACACCCAAAUAAACUGGUUUCAUAAGAGAAAUGUGUGUAGAAGAACAUUUUUAAGGCUCGUUUGUCUUGUUUGAAAGAAAAUGCGUUUUUUUUUAUGAAAGAAUCUGGGUUAAUCUACAGUCACAGUAGAUACAGAAUCACCAGCACUGUAAUCUGUUAUACUUAUAUUGCUGCGUGAUGCGCCUGACAACCAGGGGGAGAUGGAUUUCAGCGCAAAGCCUCUUCUUUUUCUUCUUCUAUUGUUGAAUAUGUGCCAAUAGCCUGACUAAACUGCCUAAAGUUUGUAAUUAUCGGAAAGUCAGAACCAUCUAGAAGUCUUAAUAGUCUUAAUCUUAAACUUGCUUUGGUAGUUAUACUGGUAUAGUGCAAAAAUAUAUAUCUUAACAAGUAAAAUCUAUUUCAAUGUAGUCUACAUUUAUGCAUUCCACAUUUUUACAUUAAAUUACAUUACAUUUGGCAGAUGCUUUUCACCAAAGCGACUCACAAUAAUAAGGAACAUAUAUAAGCAAUAGAAGUUCAAGGUAAAGAAACGUUUUAAUAGUGGAAAUGGUGUGAUAGAAGAAGAAAGGAUGGAAAGAAGGAAAUGAGGUUAGAUGAGGUCACUUUUACCACUACUACAGGAUAAUUUUAAGUUAGAAGAAAUUAUAAAAAUAACAGAAUACUAAGCUACAAAGCUACAUUCUGUUAUUUGUACAAUUACCAGAUUUUGAAUAUAUGGUGCACUGUAUUAUCAGGUGCACUAUUAAUGAUUUUCAUACAUACAUAAGGCGCACCGGAUUACUAGUGUCGCUUUAUAAGAACAAGACGUCUCCUUGUUUUCUUUUAAUUCAGCUAUCAGCUAGCAGUUCGUCCCAUGUAGCUUGUAUUAACACGCUAAACAUGCAGGAUACAGUUCAUUAUACUCACCUCUGAACGGAGAAAGAGCUAGCGCUUAGCAUUGUCAGCAGCUAAUGCUAAUGCUAAUACUGCUCCAGCCUUGAUUCUGGAGAAACUUCACUGAAACUUUACUGCUCCUUAAUACCUGACUGGUUAAAUUCAUACAUAAUUUUUGGGAAAGUAAAAAAAUAUAAAGGAUUAAAUGAUUUUAGGUGUGCCUUAUAGUGCAAAAAAUAAAAAUACAGUACAGAAAAUGAUGUGCCAGUGGAAUAAGAGGAAGACACUUUUAAUAGAUUGAAAACUUUAGAAAAAGUUUAAAAAUGUGUUAAUUAAAUGUAAUUUUGUCAUUAAUUAAAGAUAUAAUCAUAAAAUAAAAAUGAUUCGAUUUUAGAACUGCUUUUAAGAGGAUUUUCUUUGAUCGAUAUCAUUUUUAAAGUGUUAAAGUUAAAGUUGAUCAACUAUUACGAUACAGAUUAAACAAAAGCUUAACUUUAGCCUGUUUUGUGGGACAAACUCCCAACUCCACACUCUAGUAUUUUUAUGCUGUUACUUAUUAUUAUUAUUAUUAUUAUUAUUAUUAUUAUUAUUAUUAUUAUUUUGUAAGUAUUAAGUCACAAUAUGUUGGAGAAUGAAACUGAAACACCUGGUUUUAGAGCACAAUAAUUGAUUGUGGUGACGGACAGUUCUGGUGGAAACAGGAGAGUUGAGGUGCACAUUGAAUUCUGCCGUGAUUUGAUCAGCCGUGGUUUUAUGUUUUUUUGGAUACAAUCCGGGUUAACACCCGAACAUCCCUUUCAGACAGCUUCCUCUUACAGCGUCCACAGUUAAUCCUGUUGGAUGUGGUUGGUCCUUCUCGGUGGUAUGCUGACAUUACUCUGGAUACCGUGGCUCUUGAUGCAUCACAAAGACUUGCUGUCUUGGUCACAGAUGCUCCAGCAAGACGUGCACCAACAAUUUGUCCUCUUUUGAACUCUGGUAUGUCUCCCAUAAUGUUGUGUGCAUUGUAAUAUUUAGAGCAGAACUGUGCUCUUACCCUGCUAAUAGAACCUUCACACUCUGCUCUUACUGGUGCAAUAAUGUGCAAUUAAUGAAGAUUGGCCACCAUGCUGCUCCAAUUUAGCCAUGAAACCGCCCACACUAAAAUGAUGACAGGUGUUUCAGUUUCAUUGUCCAACUCCUGUGUGUUAAUAUUUUUUUUUUCUUAGUAUUUGUAGAUUUGUUGUUAUAAAACCAGCGUGAGAUGUUCUGGUUCUUGAAUGUGGAAUAGAGGUAAUAAGGUCAGGAGCACAGGUGAAAGAUCAUGAGAUUAAAACACUGUGCUUAUCUCCUCAUUAACUCACUAAGAACGAAUGAUCAGUAAAUCACAGCCUCAACAUACGCUGCCUACCUACUGCCCAACACCCGCUCAUCUCUUAAAGUACCAGUCAAAAGUUUGGACACGCUUACUCAUUCAGUUUAGAUUAUGAAGGAACACAUAAGGAAUCAUGUAGUAACUUAAAAACAGUGUUAAACAAACCAAACCAUACUCUGUGAAGAAGCUUUUAGAUACUCUUAUCUGGGGAGCUGUUAACUCUGAUGAACUCAUCCUGUACAACAGAGGAAACUCUCGCUCUUCCUUUCCCGGUGCAGUCCUGAUAAGUGCCAGUUCCAUCAUUAUAACAUUUUUGAUGGUCUUUUUUGCAACUGCACUUGAGGAUACUUUCAAAGUUCUUGAAAUUCUUCUUCUUUUCAAAUGAACUGAUCUUCAUUUCCUCUUAAAGUAUUUUUUAAUCUUUAUUUAAUUGAGUAGUUGUUGCUGCUCAUAAUCUGGAUUAGAACAUUACUCAAAUAUUCACUAUUCACUGUAUACCUGUAACUCUACCUCUUCACUACUUUACUUUAACUGAUGCUCUCAAACACUUUAUUAAGAGACAAGAAAUUCAAGUAAUUAACUCUUGAUGAGUUCAGCACAGCUGUUAACUGAAAGCCUGAAAUAUUCCAGAUGACUACUACUUUAAAGAAUGUAAAAUAUAAAACAUAUUCUGGUUCGUUUAACACUUUGUUUUUUGUUUAUUAAAUAAUUCCAUAUGUUUUUCUUAAUAGUUGAGAGGACUUUAGUAUUGAUUUACAGUGCAGAACAUUUUUAAAAAUAUUUGUAUUUCAAUUUUUUUUUGUAUUUUUCUUCCAAUUUAUCUGUCCGAUUGUCCCACCCGUUCAGCUGCUACUCAGCUGUGUAUCCGCCUCUUUUUGAACUGCUGCUGAUGCUGUAGCAUCGCCGAUUAGCAUCACAGCGCUAACGCUCGGAGGAAAGCGCAGCUACUCGGUUCUGAUACAGCAGCUCACAGACGCAGCCUUGUGCUGAUCCACAUCACCUUUUUUGGAGUGAUGAGGGGAAAGAGAAGAACACCAUCUACUGUAAUCACCCAGAGAGAGCAAGACCAAUUGUGCUCUCUCGGGGCUCCGGCUGCUGAUGGCAAGCUGCAUGACCGGGAUUCGAACUAGCGAACUCCUGAUCAUAGUGGCAGUGCUUUAGACUGCUGGACCACUUGGUGCCACAUUUUAAAAUAAUGAAAAAACACUGAAUGUAAUGUGUCCAUACUAUUGACUGGUACUGUAUAUUAUUUUAAAUACUUUUUAAACUAAUAUGAAUUAUUACUCUGUGUUAAUAUGCUAAUUCUAACACAGCUAAAUGCUAUAGGACGCAUUGUUGCCUUUGUGAAUUUGUUACAGGAACCUCCACCACUGCACUGCCUUAUAAAACACUGAAUUACUGCAGCUUUUUUUUCAUGUUAGAUAGACUACAACUGUAAAUAACCUAAACUUUUGGUGUUUACAACCACUAAAAUAUGCUUUAUUUUUACAAAAAAUAAGAUCAUAUCCCGAUAAGUGUUACUUCUGCUGUAUUAGCUAUAAUAUCUGCAACUGAUUGUAUUUUAUCACUUUAUUUUCUGGUAUUAUGUAUUAAAAAACAGCCAUUCAGUGUCAUAAGUCAUAAUAAGAAAAAUGUUGCUGAAAACCUUACUAUACUGCCAUUUUAACUUUUUUGAGGCAUAAUCUACAUAAAUCCUGUAGUUUUAUUUUGAAUUGUAUUGUAUUGUAGUUUUAAUAUUUUACUGACGAGUGGACCAAUAGACAUUCUCCAGAAUUAUCUUACAUUUAGGGUAAAAAAAACAUGAUUUUACUCCUGUAUAAAGUUGAAAUGGAUAUAUAUUUAUGAUAAUCACUGGGAAUCUUACGAUAAAGAUUAUAUCACAAUACUGGCGAUACUCGAUAUAUUGUAAGACAUAUAUCGCAAUCCUCCACGACACUUUACACAAUCUGUGUUACUAAAGAAGAUAAAAUGCUCCUAAUGAAGUAAAAAACAGGAAUUAGGGAUUUAUUGGUGUCAGUUUCACACAAUUUAACAACCAAUACUCUUCACCGCAGGUUUAUUAACUCUAUUUAUUUGAUUAUAGCGCCACCUAAUGGAGUAAUAAGGCAGUAACUUGGGUAAAAUUAAUCUGGGGGUGUGUCUUAGUGAGUUUAGAGCACCUAUGUUGCAAUAAAAACAUCCAUAUUUGACGCCACAUGUUGAUAAAGUAUUGCAAUAUAAGCAAAAAAUAUACAAUAUAUCUCAAUAUCGUUAUUUUGUCUCACUUCUAAUGGAUAUACAUGGUUUUUGCACAACAGCAACAAAAAGUGCGUUCUUUUAUUGUGUGAUAAUUUAGAUUUUAGGAUUGUUUUAGGAGUAUAUUCUAUAGUGUGGUUGAUUAGCUUGAUUUUAGGACUAUAGCUGCAUAUUAGUAAUAAUUGUGAUCAUUGUGAAUGUGUGUGUGUGUGUGUGUGUGUGUGUUUGUGUGUGUGUUAGAUAGCAUUAGUAUGAGUUAAUUCUAAGUCAGGUCAGAGUGUAAACUAAACAUUAACGAAAUAAAAGUGCCAACUUUAAGCAACAGGAAGACGUUUCCCUUCUUAAGAAAUUGUGCUUAUUAAGCAACAUUUUUUAUUAAAAUCGAACAAAAUGAAACAACUAAAUAUUAAACUUGAUUUUUGCAGGUUUUCAUAAAUUUUGCCACAUUUUCUUACUAUAACAUACAUAUAACAUAUACAUAUAUAACAUAUACAUAUACACACAGAAAACAUUCUUUUUCAGUUAAUUAUUCUGUAUUUUAACAUAUAAAUUUGAACCAAAAAAGUGCCAUUUUUUUUCUUUUUUUUUCUUCGAAUGUUUGGUGAAUCCCUAAGUGUUCAUUAUUUAAUAUUAUGAAAAACACCAGCAAGUUUUGAUAUUUAGGCGUUUAGGGGGUUUUGGAUUGUUGGUGCUUCCAAUAAUGGUAUAUUUUACAUGCACUGAACAUAACUGUUGCAUUAAUUAUACAUAUUAUUGAAUUGAUCUUAUUUUGACAGUAAUUUUGUUGAAUUUCUCAUUUCUUUCAUGUGAAAUUAAUGCAUUGCUUUUUUUUUCCCUCCAGUGUGGAAUUUGCCUGUUUUGUAUUGUAUGUAUCUUGUACUCUGCAGUUUGGGACACUUUUUAAAAAUAAAAACAAUUUUUACACAAA